UGCUUCAACGACUCAGACAAGCAAAGCAAGACUAAUCAAGACAGACUCAAUUUUCCCCGAUAAUCUCGGUUUUAUCUCCUGAAAAUGUCACUGAUUCCAAGCUUCUUUGGCAACCGACGCAGCAACGUCUUUGAUCCAUUCUCUCAGGACAUAUGGGAUCCCUUAAGGGACUUUCCUAUGUCUACUUCGUUCAUCACACAAACCCCAGAGACCUCGGCUUUUGUGAACACCCGAAUCGACUGGAAAGAAACCCCGGAAGCGCACGUGUUCAAGGCUGAUGUCCCUGGGCUCAAGAAAGAAGAAGUGAAAGUGGAGGUUGAAGAUGAUAGGGUGCUUCAGAUUAGCGGAGAGAGGAAGGUGGAGAGGGAAGACAAGAACAACACAUGGCAUCGCGUGGAACGUAGCAGCGGCAAGUUCAUGAGGAGGUUCAGGUUGCCCGAGGAUGCUAAGAUGGAUCAGAUCAAGGCUGCCAUGGAGAACGGUGUGCUUACUGUCACUGUUCCUAAACUGCAAGUGACGAAGCCCGAUGUUAAAGCUAUUGACAUUUCUGGCUAA